AUGCACCAACAAUCUUCCAACUAUCCUACGACACCCCAGAGUUGCACUCACACAGAUGCAAUCGCCCUUCAAUCCUCAUCAGCCACCGGGCUCGGUCUACUAAACUGCUCUGUCCCACCUGCCGGUCCAUCAGUAUCCAUCUGCUCGCCAUCUCAAUCAAUGCUUCAAGCUACCCAAGGGUGGCACGGGGAGCCGAAUGUCGGUCACUGCUUUCCGAACACGCCUUCUAGAAUGGUUACCUACCCCUUAAUAUCGAUAUACGAUGGCCUACAGGUGGUGCCUAAUGCAUCGAUCUCGUCCUUCAGUGUUCCAAGCAGCCAUAUUGAUACUUCUUCGGCUGGUUUCCUAAGUCCUGUUCCGUUGAUGAAGGUGGAAAGCAGUUCAACUAUUCAGUCCAACAUAUAUGCACCUGAUUUGUCGUCGAACUACGGGGUGUCCCCAAGCCCUACUCAUUCUCCACAGAUUCUUAGUGAGGGUAUGAGUGAUGACUGGGAAGUAAUAAUAAACGACAACGCCGCAAAACAAGGCCUCUUCAACUUGGACGAUCUUCCCUUAUUUCAUCAGCAAAUUGGACCUCCUGCCCCUACAAGACAGCCUCGAGAAACAAGCACUUCAGUCCUUACCUCAACUCCUAUCGACACUCAGAGCAAGCCUCACCGUUCCCCAUUACGAACCUCAAACAGUAACAAGGUGGUAGGCAAACGGUCAGCUGAACUUGUUCAGUCAUCUCCUGAUGUGAAAAUGCCCUCAAAAAAGAAGCGGACGCUGGACAGUGGGGAUGGGAAAUAUGAAUGUGAACAGUGUGGAAGGCAGUUUACACGGAAUUCAAACUGCAGAUCGCACAUGAAGAUACACGACCCCAACAGAAGAUACCCUCACAAAUGCACAAUUGGUCAGUGUACCAAUAAGUUCAGUCGAAAGACUGACCUUAUUCGACAUGUUGAUAGUGUGCAUAAAAAACUAAAACGGUUUGGCUGCGACCAGUGCGGACACCGCUUUGCUCGACAAGAUACACUGCGACGGCAUCGAGAGGAUGGUUGUCGAAGACAACAACAGCAUCGUCGAGCACUCCUGGAAAGCCAACAACAAGAAAAGUUACAAUAUCACCAUCACCAUCACCGCCAGCCAGACAUUGUAACCACCACAAUUGCGCCAUCUGGCCUGGAUGCCAGUCAUGCUUACCCGAUUGUCUCUAUUCCCUAUCACGAACCAGUUGCAGCAUACACGACCCACUCUCAGCUACAUGCGGCCCUUGUCACACCAUACCUAAACCCCAGCAACGAAACCUACCAUGAGUACAUAUGA